GUACACCCAUCUGCCUUGGCCGCAGAGAUGUCGCCCACGCAAGGCCACCACACGCUGCAGAGGCAAAUGCACCCGCACUCUCAACACCACUUGCACCCAGGCUCCGUCGUCUCCGUCGGAGCACGACCCUCCCUCGCAGCCGUCACAGCGGCCGUAUCGGCGGCCCCGCCCCAGCCGGCGCCCAGCCUGGCCAGUCUGCCGGGCCACCACGGUGAGCCGCAGCGGCACCACCACCCGCCGCGUGCCCCGGCGACCCCCGAGCCUCCGGCGCCGCCCGCGAGCCAGGCGGCCAUGAUGGCCGGGGGCCGCAAGCACCGGCACGCCAAGACCAUGCGGCUGAGCAUCAACGCGCGCGAGCGAAGGCGUAUGCACGACUUGAACGACGCGCUCGACGAGCUGCGCUCCGUCAUCCCGUACGCGCACAGCCCGUCCGUGCGCAAGCUCUCCAAGAUCGCCACGCUCCUGCUCGCCAAGAACUACAUUCUCAUGCAGGCCAACGCCCUGGAGGAACUGCGUCGCAUCAUCGCGUACAUGAACCAGGCCGGAGGCGUGGCCAUCCCAGCCGCGGCGGCGGGUCCCCUGGCGGCUUGCUGCCCCAUGCCAACACAGGUGGCCUCGGUCCAGAACCACGGCGGGGAAACCGGAAGAGGAAGCAAGUUCCAGGGAACCCCUAGUUCCGGUCUCUUCUCGCCAUUCGCCCCCGCGCUGAACGGCGGAAGCCCAACGGACUCCGGAGGCGGGACGAGUGACGGCAAACCGUGACGUAGGCGGACGCGUCAGCGACCUUGACUGAGCCAUUUGUGCGUGCGCCUCACGUGGUGGGAUUCGCCGCGGCUCACGUGACGUGGUACAUGCGAAGAAGAACAGUGACGCCGCCCACGGCCAAGUUCCCCGGUGGGCUCGUUGACGACUGCGCAUGCGUCAUUCCUCGAUGCGUGUAGUAUUCCAGGAGGACAAGCGUGCUUAAAGAACAGAUGCUGGGACAUUGGACGUUUGAGCCGUGGUAUUGUUUUCCUUGGCUCACGUGACCAGUGAAAAACAUGUGCGUGCAGCGUUCUUCGAAGCCGUCUUCGCAAAAAUGACAGUGUUUCGCGGAGCACAGACCGGAGCUAGACAAGGCCCUUGCCGAGAAAUGUACUUGUCCCGGUGUUGUUCGAAACGCGUUUCCGUCACGUUAGGGCAAGGUGUGUGGGCGCUGGAGGGCUUAGGCUUAACUAUAACCGAGAUGCACACAAACACACAUGCACAAAAAGAACAGGCGGUUCGGCAGUGCUCUUACGACGUUCCUCGUCACGCUGUAUGAGCCAUGCGAGAAAUAUUUAAGGGCUUCUGUUUCGGAUGCUAUUAUUCUAUGAGAGCGGCUUCAAGCACGCAGCACAAAAAAAUUGGUUACUGGUUGUCCUAACAAACUUCUACGUUAGUGGCCCUCUUUUCAAUGCGCGAGCGGUGAGUCAGUCGCGCAAAUGAACCGUCACGAAAGCGGCAAUCUUUAGCCUAUACUUUCGCCGACAGUGAAGUGUUUCGUGUUACUCUGUUCAGUUACAUCCAUUGGUAAAUGCAAGUGUAACAAAUGCAAGCAGUUGUUGAUUUAAGCACAUUGAGUAGACGAACAUAGAAGAACGAGUGCAUAAAAUUAACGUACAUGAAAAUAAAAUUCUAACGUGCACCAAUGGCGACGUAUAUUAUAUAACGAGCGUUUGGGUUAAAUGUUGGUUAAAUUAGGACGUCUGCUUUAAGUAAAACGCUGAAACCAUUUUAUAGCCGCACAUAUUCUGCUCCACAACACCUGAUCAUAGCUUUAAGCCCGAAGCAACGUAAUAUGGCAAGUACAUCCGCAUUUUUAUUGAUAUGUAAGCUCAGUGCGCAAAGCCAAAAAACGUCGCCAUUGAUUAGCACAACGUGAACGCCGUCGUACAAAUUAAGCCCGGAUUGCGAGGAGGUUGGCAUAGAUAUUUCAAUCGGCUUCUAAUUUCCUUGACAUAUGUUAUGUACUAUUGAAUGCAGGGAUCGUGUUCGCGUAACCUGCCCUAAAAAGGCAGGAACAUAUUUUGCUAACCUGAUCUCAUAAUGUGGUUUCGAAUUCCCCGUGGUGAUCCAUGCAGGCAGCCUUAGCCAGAUUAGAGGAGUCCACACGUCUCAUUUGAUAGAAGCGUGAUUAAUUGUCUUCUAUCAUAAAACUUCAUCCGGUUGCAAAAUCGCCGGAACAGAUUACGAUCAAAGAAAGCUUACUGAAGAGUUCGAGUUACACUCCCGUAACUGCUGUAGCGAAAAUAUCGACGGAAUAAUAGACGUCACGCGUAACUAUUAGUGCGUUUCAAUUGGUGAAUGCACUAAAUUAACGCGAUUUGAAGGUUCCUUAAAAAUCUUGUUCGUCCAUUUUCCUAGCAAUCACUUUCUCAUCUUGUGCCAAGACUGCGAUGUUUACUUUUUUUUCCAUUCUUCUUCCUCGCAACCUGCCUGCUUGUAUAUAUACGAGCCAGGGUGCCGCUUGAUUCUCUUUUUUUUUCCUCGAGUGUUCAUCAUCGCCUAACUAUUCUGAGAAUAAAACUCCGCGAAUGGACUUUUUUUGACACGCGGCGAUCGCGAUAUGAGCGCGAGCGCGCGAGAUUUGUGCAUAAAAGACUGGAACAGUCGACAGCAACUUAUCUGUGUGGGACUCAGUUUUCUGUUGCAAGUGGACCUCGGAGCUACAACCACAUUUGGGGAGGACACUAUGCCGCUUGGCGCGGCCUGGCGAAGUCGCUAACGUCGUGGGCAACGCGAGACAUAAGGCGCUGGAAUUCUUCAGGUGAAUCACCCCUCACCCCACAUCACCCUCAUCGCCUCACGAGUGUAUCACCCCUCGUCACACCACACGUGAUGGCGAAAA